GCAGCUUUCGAGACAGCAAGCUUUGCGAUAACUGCGGGCAAUUGUUCAGCUCCGAUGCUGAUGUUUGUAGGAAUUGUGGUCACAAGCGGCAAAGCUCCGCUGAGAUGAGAGAGGAGAUGAUCCUGAACGCCAAGGAAGAUGUGCGCGUCAGCGUCUUCAAUAAACUCCAGGAUCACAACGAAGUGCACCGUGACGAACUGCCAAAAGGGUUGGAGCGUCUCAGCAACCGAACAGCGGCAGGGGUUGUGGAGCUGGAAGAGUUCUUGAACUUCGUAAAGGGCUACGAAGCGCGACAGGACAACUUCUACAAGAGCCCCUUGGCCGAAAACGCUGAAAACGAGGUCCUUCAGUGGCGCACCUUUGAAGAAGCGGAUUUGGACAACUCCGGCACCAUGGAGGCGGCCGGCCUCCAGAAAUGA